AGGAGGCAGCCGCGGGAAGCCGGAUCACGGUGUCGGUGUACGCGGUCUACCCAGACGGCGUCAGCAAGCCGGGCUCCGGCCAAGUCACGUUUGCAGAAGGGGACACGAUGCGGGAGAAGGAAAGGACUGAGGCAGAGCCAGAAAAAAGUGGAUUCACACCUAGCGUCUUCAGUGGACCCCCCCUGGAUAACAGUGAUCCCACAAUCAUGGAAAUAGAGGAGCUGCCUGUGCGUGAGGAAUACAAGCUCGUGGAUGUCAGAAGGGGCCCCAGCGCAGCGGUCCCCGAGAGCACGGCGUAUGUGCAGAGCCCCGCGCCGGCCACCGAGCUCGUCAGCGACUACCGGCCUCAGCUCUCCGACGGGAACCUGCUGGGCUACGUGGCUGCCAACAUCUACCAAAGCCAGCCCCACGCGCUGCCUCCAGAAGCAGAGACAAAUGUUUUCUUCAGGGAUUACCCGAGUCCCGUUACUUAUUUGUGGAACGCCGAAGGAAUGGAGCAGCAGACGUUCCUGCUGGAAAAGAUUAAUCUCAUUUUAAACAACAAUAGGAGUGGGCAAAACCAUGCGUUUGAUUUAGCGCGGGAGGAACAAAAUACCCUUUUGGGAAACCACGGGGUUGGCUGGUCGUGGCUAAAAGUUCUGCCAAAUUGUAGCUGUUACGCUGCUGCAAGGAAAGUAUGCGAUAAAGGCAACAUGACUGCUAACACCGCUUCUCACGUCCAACCUGGAGCGAAUAUUACCCUCUCGUGCCAGCUAAAGCAACCAAAACAGAAAGAGCAGUGCAAGAUAGCUAUCUUCUUUAACAGUUCUGAACUAAGUAGCAAUUAUGGCAGUUCAGUAAGCACCAGAUUUCUAGUCCGUACAUAUGGCAAACUCACAUUUACCUGCAAAGUAGUUUGUAAUCACAGGAAAAAACUCAUCUGUGGAAUUGAUAUAGAGUCUGGAAAUCCUCCAGAUCAGCCAAAAAAUGUAUUGUGUAUACAGUAUGGGACAGAUAGUAAUCCUACCUGCAGCUGGAGUAAAGGAAGAUUAACAUUCAUCAACACUACAUAUGAAAUAAAGCUAUCGAAUGAGACUGAUAAGUUGUGUUUUUUAGAAGAAAAUGUGAAUAAUAAAUUUGGAUUGCUGGAUCUGAACAUGAAGUUGAAUUUUAACUCCACUUACACAGUUGUGGUUGCUGCCUCCAAUGAACUAGGAAAAGCUCUUUCACAGCCACUCGUGUUCAUGUUGAUAGACAUAGUGAAACCACAUCCUCCCAAGUUUUUAGUGAAAUUUGAGAAUUCUUCUGCAACAAACUGCACAGUUUUUUGGAGUGACGAAGCACAAGCUCAGCACUUUAGACUAAGAUAUCGUUCACUUAACAGUUACAUGUGGAAUAUGGUUGAAAGUUUAAACAGUGAAAAAUGCAAUCUUUAUGGUCUGCAGCCUUAUACAGAGUACGAAUUCCAGGUUAGUUGUAAAAUUCAUCCUGAGAGAGGACUCUGGAGUAACUGGAGAACUUUUCAAACCCGGACUCCGGAAGCAGUGCCUGCCCGGCUCUCAGGUGUUUGGUACAAAAAGCAGGAUAUGGACUCUCAAAUGCAGAACAUUUCUCUUUUUUGGAAGGCUUUAAGCAAGUCAGAAGCAAGAGGAAAAAUCCUGCAGUACACUGUGACCUUUCAAGCACUAAACCACAAUGGCAAAGCGAUAGAAACAGAUGUUACCGUGCAGCCCAGUUACAGCAGAGUCACUCCAAAGAUGGACUACAGCGUAACCAUCACCGCCCAGAACUCCAGGGGCAGCUCCCCUCCCGCCUCCCUUGUGACCAAGCUGCACGUGCAGGAUUUACCUCCUCCACGGAAUGUCUCUGCUAUCGCAAUGGGAAACAACAGCAUCUUAGUCAUCUGGAAGCCUCCCAGUAAGUCUACAGCAUUCCUCAAUGGAUACAUAGUGGAAUGGAUAGAUAUACAUAGAAACAAGAGCCUGGAACCCCAUCUAAACUGGAUAAAACUUCUAGCAUCCAACCUGUCUGCAGUAAUAUCAGAGCACAUAAAAGAUCAUGUGUGCUAUCACAUUGCUGUAUCUGCACUUUAUCAGGACAGAGCUGGAGAAGUGGCAUCAGUUAGGGGAUACUCAAGAGAAAAAGCACCAUCGGUUGGGCCCCAGAUGUACCCAACCCCGCAGACAAAUGGCAUUUUGGUUUCAUGGGAAGAGAUCCCUGCCAACCAGCAAAUGGGCUGCAUUACAGAGUACAAUAUUUACCUCCAAAAAAAGGACAGUAAGGCAGCGCCCGAAGUCUAUGCCGUUCACAACGUGGCUGCCCAGCGCUCGUUUUACAUCGCCAACCUCCAGGACGGCCAGAACUACUUUCUGUGGAUGACAGCGUCAACGGCUGCCGGAGAGAGUCCCCGGGGAAACAGCGAGCUCGUCUGCUUGGAAAGUGCUGCGGACUGGGUGACGGUGGCGCUCGCCUGCUGCGUGGUGCUGCUCCCGGCCUGCGUGUGCGCGCUGCCCCCCGCGCGGAAGGCGUUACGCGUGCUCCUUUCUGUCAUUGUGCCUCAGUGGUACAGCAAAGCUAUUCCCAGCCCUGCUAAUGCUUCGUGGGCUAGGAACUACACCUCUACGAAGGGUGAGCUGAGUUUACCUCCCAGUCCGUUUCUACCCAACGUGAGCAGCUUCGAAGAGCCCAACAUAACCCAGGUGGAGGAGACCUUCGUAAAGACGGACGCUCCCGUUCUCCAGGACAGGGCCCUCCCCAGCUGCACCGAUAGCAGCGGAAACCAGGACUGGCACCUGGAAAGCAGCUUUGAGAAACAGGAGAGCGAGUACAGGCCUCUACCCGGCAUGACCGAUGGAGACGGCUACGAGCAGCAGCUCCCGUACCUGUACAGGAGGAUAGUGGGGGAGGCUCCGGGACAAGCGCCACCCGCCUCGGGCUACCUGGCUCUCCCCGCUCCAGCACCCCCAGCCUACCUGCCCUCGGCCGUGCUAGCGCCCCUCACCGGCGCCGGCCAGGACUACGAACUGGACUGCAGCCCCACCUCCGUUUUCCCACCAACUGCCUUUCUGACGCCGGUGUUCUCCUAUGGAGGGUCACUGACCCUCGAUGCAGUAAAAAUAAACUGCGCUUCCUUCACGAGGUGA